AUGACGAAGACAAUCAUGGUCAGGACGUCGUACUCCUCCUGGGAGCUGUCUCGAUCGUCAGCCAAGAGGGAGCUGUCUCGAUCGUCGGCCAAAAAGGAGCGGUCUCGAUCGUCGGCUAAGAAGGAGCGGUCUCGAUCGUCGGCUAAGAAGGAACUGUCUCGAUCGUCGGCCAAAAAGGAGCGGUCUCGAUCGUCGGCCACAAAGGAGCGGUCUCGAUCGUCGGCUAAGAAGGAGCUGUCUCGAUCGUCGGCCAAAAAGGAGCUGUCUCGAUCGUCGGCUAAGAAGGAGCUGUCUCGAUCGUCGGCCAAAAAGGAGCGGUCUCGAUCGUCGGCUAAGAAGGAGCUGUCUCGAUCGUCGGCUAAGAAGGAGCUGUCUCGAUCGUCGGCUAAGAAGGAGCUGUCUCGAUCGUCGGCUAAGAAGGAGCUGUCUCGAUCGUCGGCUAAGAAGGAGCGGUCUCGAUCGUCGGCUAAGAAGGAGCUGUCUCGAUCGUCGGCUAAGAAGGAGCGGUCUCGAUCGCCGGUCAAGAAAGAGCGGUCUCGAUCGUCGUCGGCCAAGAGGGAGCGGUCUCGAUCGUCGUCGGCCAAGAGGGAGCGGUCUCAAUCGUCGUCGGCCAAGAGGGAGCGGACUCGAUCGUCGUCGGCCAAGAGGGAGCGGUCUCGAUCGUCGUCGGCCAAAAAGGAGCGGUCUCGAUCGUCGGGUAAGAAGGAGCGGUCUCGAUCGUCGGCCAAAAGGAGCGGUCUCGAUCGUCGGCUAAGAAGGAGCUGUCUCGAUCGUCGGCUAAGAAGGAGCGGUCUCGAUCGCCGGCUAAGAAGGAGCGAUCUCGAUCGUCGGCUAAGAGAAGCUGUCUCGAUCGUCGGCCUAAGAAGGAGCGGUCUCGAUCGUCGGCUAAAAAGGAGCGGUCUCGAUCGCUGUCCAAGAGGGAGCUGUCUUGAUCGUCGGCCAAAAGGAUUUGUCUCGAUCGUCGGCCAAAAGGAGCUGUCUCGAUCGUCAGCCCAAAGGGGUCGAUCGUCGGCCAAAAAGGAGCUGUCUCGAUCGUCGGCUAAGAAGGAGCGGUCUCGAUCGUCGCGGCUAAGAAGGAGGUCUCGAUCGUCGGCUAAGAAGGAGCUGGUCUCGAUCCGGUCUCGAUCGUCGGCCAAAAAGGAGCUGUCUCGAUCGUCGGCCAAAAAGGAGCGGUCUCGAUCGUCGGGUAAGAAGGAGCGGUCUCGAUCGUCGGCCAAAAAGGAGCGGUCUCGAUCGUCGGCUAAGAAGGAGCUGUCUCGAUCGUCGGCUAAGAAGGAGCGGUCUCGAUCGCCGGCUAAGAAGGAGCGGUCUCGAUCGUCGGCUAAGAAGAAGCUGUCUCGAUCGUCGGCUAAGAAGGAGCGGUCUCGAUCGUCGGCUAAAAAGGAGCGGUCUCGAUCGCUGGCCAAGAGGGAGCUGUCUUGA